AUGGGAGUAUGGCAGCAGUCGAUACGAAGUAGAGUAUUGGCUGAGCUUACUGGAGGGAAAAUGAUUUUGAGACAGGGAAAUGAAACAGUAGAAGAGGCAAAGAAAAACUGCAUGUGCUCCAAAAUAUACGACCCAGUGUGUGCCUCCAAUAACAAGUCUUACUAUAAUGUCUGUCAAAUGGAAUGUGAAAAUGAAGCGAAUACUGUCUUCGUCGUCCAUCAUGGGAACUGUAUACCAUAUUAA